UUGCGUGAGAGAGAGAGAGUUUGACAUGGCGAAUCAGAGCAAUUUCCAGAUGAAGGUGACGGAAGGAAAUCUCGGCUACGUUCUACAGGAUGUGCCUCAUCUCACCGAUUACAUUCCUAAUCUCCCUACUUAUCCCAAUCCGCUACGCUUCAAUCCUGCUUACUCUGUUGUUAAGCAGUAUUUCGUCGACAUGGAUGAUAGUGUACCUCAAAAGAUUGUUGUUCACAAGGAUUCCCCAAGAGGGGUGCAUUUCCGGCGAGCUGGACCACGUCAAAAGGUGUACUUUACUCCAGAAGAAGUGAAUGCUUGUAUUGUAACAUGUGGAGGUCUCUGCCCGGGCCUAAACACAGUGAUUAGGGAGAUUGUGCAUAGCCUUGAUUAUAUGUAUGGAGCCACCAAAGUCCUGGGAAUCGAUGGAGGCUACAGGGGAUUCUAUUCAAAGAAUACCAAACCCUUGUCACCUAAGAUUGUAAACGAUAUACAUAAGCGUGGUGGGACCAUCCUGGGAACUUCCCGAGGUGGUCAUGAUACCAUGAAGAUCGUUGACAGCAUUCAGGACCGUGGAAUUAAUCAGGUUUACAUAAUUGGAGGGGAUGGCACCCAGAAAGGAGCAGCUGUUAUAUAUGAGGAAAUUCGGAAGCGGGGUUUAAAGGUUAUAGUUGCUGGAAUUCCCAAGACAAUUGACAAUGACAUAUCGGUUAUUGACCAAUCAUUCGGUUUUGAUACUGCUGUAGAGGAAGCUCAGCGCGCCAUUAAUGCUGCUCAUGUCGAGGCUGAGAGUGCAGAAAAUGGAAUUGGUGUAGUGAAACUUAUGGGCCGCUACAGUGGAUUUAUUGCAAUGUAUGCUACGCUGGCCAGCCGAGAUGUUGACUGCUGCUUGAUACCCGAGUCACCAUUUUAUUUAGAAGGACAAGGUGGACUUUUCGAGUAUAUUGCGAAGAGGCUUAAAGAAAAUGGACACAUGGUCAUUGUUGUUGCUGAAGGAGCAGGAGAGGAUCUUCUCAGUGCUAAAAAUGAACAGGAUGCUUCAGGGAACAAGCUACUUCAAGACAUCGGCUUGUGGCUUUCUCGGAGGAUUAAGGAACACUUUUCAAAGCAACAAAAACUUCCUAUCACUCUAAAAUACAUAGAUCCAACUUACAUGAUCCGUGCUAUUCCGAGCAAUGCAUCUGAUAAUGUGUACUGCACACUUCUUGCUCAAAGUGCUGUUCAUGGAGCGAUGUCAGGUUUCACUGGCUUCACAAGUGGGCUUGUAAAUGGCCGGCAUACAUACAUUCCGUUCAAUCGUAUUACUGAGCAGCAAAACAAGGUUGUGAUAACUGACAGGAUGUGGGCGAGGCUUCUCUCUUCGACUAACCAACCGAGCUUCCUUGGCCGUAAACAGCUCGAUGAAGCCAAGAAAGAGCAAGAGUCUCAAUCCCAACUGAUGGACGAUGCAACGAAUAUUGCAGACGCGAAAACAGGUAAUAGAAUCAAGAAAUAAAAAAGCGCUUGAUACUCUUCGACUACCUCUCCCUCUUCCCUGUUUUGCACGAUUUAGUCCAAUUUAGAUUGAGGAUUCCUACAAUAACAUAUUAAUGGGAUCGUGUAGGAGCACUUUGAUUCAGUCAUCAUUUUUUCAUAGAUUUUGAGAGAGAAUAUGCUGCUCUGCUCCUCUUUGAUUGUAGGAGUGUUUAUUUAUCUAUCAGUAUUUUGAUUAUAAAACACGUUGAUUGCUUGGUGACUAACAAAUGAUGUUGAUUGCAUAUAAGUUACUUGUCCUUUUGAUUUUCAUGUGGAUUUUUGUACAGUAUAAAAACAUGCGUAAACGUUAACAUUUGGGGAUAUUAAUGGUUAAAACUGACAAAUACUAGUAAUAAAAAUAGAAAAUGGAGUUGACACACUUGACUUACAUCCGAUUUACGUCUCAUAUUGAGUACUCCUACAUUAAAGAUCUGAAUAUAUUGCUAAGUAAAGAUACAAUUGAAUUAUCAGUACUUAUUUUUCAAAAAUUUCCUACAAUUGGACUCUGUCGCUUUGGUGAAUCAUUAACAAGAUUGUACAUGACUAAUGAGAUAUCUAUAGCAGAUGUCACUUUGAUGAAUCUUUAAGCUCCGUUCAUCGUCGACAACUAGAUAUAUGUAUAUCUUUGAUACCAUUAGAUUAAUAAAUCUAAUUGAUAUUAUUGAUUCUUAGUUAUGAUUUGAGAUGUUAUUUUUUAAAUAUCUAUACAUACUAAUUACUAAGUAAUAAGUAGGUACGUUGAUGCCACAUUAAGUUUGUGUAUUUAACCACUUUGAUUGACAAACAUGCAAAACUCCUCAUUCAUGGUGCCAAAUGUUUCGAGACUGUUAAGGAUGCAAAUAAAGACAGCCACGUAACUCAUAAUUCACUAAGAAUACAUACAAAUGUUUUAUUGACAAACUUUAUAGUAAAAAGAUUAGAUUGUUAUUAGCUAACCCCUACUUAACUAGAAUAGAAGUCAGAAUCAGGCUGUUGAUGACAAAAACUGUAAACUGAACAAAGCUGAGCUGAAUCAAGUUCUGUUUCCUAACCAUAUCCAUCUGUAUCUUAGUUUCUCUUACUCAACAGUGUAAUAGAAGUGGCCAGGAUGCAAAUAAACAGAGUAUGAUUCCUAAGUUUUCAGUUUAGCAAAGAAGGAACUAAUUUGACGAAUAUUAGAAACACAUAAUUUCACAUCACUUUUUACACAGCAGGCCCAUCUCAUUCUCACAGCUAUGCAAAUCUAAGCAUAAACAAGUAAGUAGCAAAUCAAUAAGAGAUAAUGCAUUCUCAAAUCACUUACAAAUUUCCAUAACUGUAUGAUAGACCAUUGACAUUGAGUAGUGUGAUCAGAGAGCAUAGGAAUAACCACUCAAAGCAUUUCAUGUUUCUCAUG